CCCUCCGCUUUCCAGAAUCCAAGAUGGCGGGAUCCAGGCAGCGGGGUCUUCAGGCCAAAGCUCGGCCGCUUUUCUGCGCCUUCCUGCUGUCGCUUAGUCAUUUCGUCGUGGGAAGCGACCCCGCGUUCGCCGGUGCCCCGGGCACGCACGGGCCGCUGCCACAUCGCCGUUUCGAGUACAAAUACAGCUUCAAGGGGCCGCACCUGGUGCAGAGCGACGGGACAGUGCCUUUCUGGGCCCACGCGGGGGAUGCUAUUCCAAGUUCAGAUCAAAUUCGAAUAGCACCAUCUUUAAAAAGCCAAAGGGGAUCAGUGUGGACAAAGACAAAAGCAGCCUUUGAGAACUGGGAAAUUGAGGUGACUUUUCGAGUGACUGGAAGAGGUCGAAUUGGAGCUGAUGGCCUGGCAGUUUGGUAUGCAGAAAAUCAAGGCUUGGAGGGUCCUGUGUUUGGAUCAGCUGAUAUGUGGAAUGGUGUUGGAAUAUUCUUCGAUUCUUUUGACAAUGAUGGAAAGAAAAAUAAUCCUGCUAUAGUAAUUAUAGGCAACAAUGGACAAAUCCAUUAUGACCAUCAAAAUGAUGGUGCUAAUCAAGCUUUAGCAAGUUGCCAGAGGGACUUUCGUAAUAAACCCUAUCCUGUCCGGGCAAAGAUUAUAUAUUACCAGAAAACAUUGACAGUAAUGAUCAAUAAUGGCUUCACACCGGAUAAAAAUGAUUAUGAAUUUUGUGCCAAAGUGGAAAAUAUGGUCAUCCCUGCACAAGGGCAUUUUGGAAUAUCUGCUGCUACUGGAGGCCUUGCAGAUGAUCAUGAUGUCCUUUCUUUCCUCACUUUCCAAUUGACUGAGCCUGGGAAAGAGCCACCUACACCAGAUAAAGAAAUUUCAGAAACAGAAAAAGAAAAAUAUCAGGAGGAAUUUGAGCACUUUCAACAAGAAUUGGAUAAAAAAAAAGAAGAAUUUCAGAAGGACCACCCUGACCUUCAAGGGCAACCAGCAGAUGAAAUAUUUGAGAGUGUAGGAGAUCGUGAGCUGAGACAAAUCUUUGAAGGACAGAAUCGUAUUCAUCUUGAAAUCAAGCAGCUGAACCGACAGUUAGAUAUGAUUCUUGAUGAACAGAGAAAAUACGUCUCUUCAUUGACGGAGGAGAUCUCUAAAAGAGGAGCAGGAAUCCCAGGGCAACAUGGACAGAUCUCUCAACAAGAACUGGAUACUGUUGUGAACGCUCAGCAUGAGAUUCUGAGACAUGUAAAUGAAGUGAAGAAUUCUAUGAGUGAAACCAUCAGGCUGGUCAGCGGCAUCCAGCAUCCUGGGUCUGCAGGGGGCGUUUACGAGACAACCCAGCACUUCAACGACAUCAAAGAGCAUCUUCACAUAGUGAAGCGGGACAUAGAGAGCCUCGUGCUGCGAAACGCGCCAUCAAAUGAAAGACCAAAAUGCCCAGAACUACCACCAUUUCCAUCAUGUUUAUCUACGGUUCACUUCAUUCUAUUUGUAGUGAUACAAACGGUGUUAUUCAUUGGUUACAUCAUGUAUAGGACUCAGCAAGAAGCAGCUGCCAAAAAAUUCUUUUGACCACCAUUUUCAUAUGUGUACAUCAUGUAUGUAUGUACAAAAUGUUGUCUUUUUGAGGGACUGUAAGUAUUUAAAUUGCUUCAUAGGCUAAAUUAUUAAAUUUUGUAUAAAAGAACUUUAAACAUUGAUUUGCGGUAAGAGUAGACCUUAAAGACAACCAUGUGUAAAUUUGUGCAUAGUACAUAAAAUCUAUUUAAAUUUCACUGAAUUUUUGGCCAGUGGAAUAUAGCCACUGAACAGAAUAUUGAUAAAUAAGAGGGUAAAUAAUAGAAAAUGGGGCAACCCCCAGAUAUGAAAGUUACCUCUAAGUCUCAGAUGUUGGAGAUCUCUAUUUAAAAUAAACACACUUGCCCUCCUGCCCUCCAAAUAUGAGGUCUGACUAGGAGCUCCUCAUGAUUAUUUUGUAACAAAGUCUUUUUUAAGAUACCAGAAUUUUCUACUCUAAGACCCAACCCUGCAGUCCUGCAAUCUAAUACUACUCCCUCUGACAUCAAAGAAUAUUUUGUCUGAGAGCAUUAGGAUCUGGAUAAUAAGCUUCAUAAUGUUUUUCGAAGUAUUUUUCCCUCUCAUUAUCAAUGAUAUAUUUCACCUUUAAUGGAAAUUUUAGGGGGAAAUUAAGAGCUGCCUAAAAAAAAAUUUAGGUGACCGCAUUCCUCUGACAAUAGUUUUUAUGAGUACUUUACCUGGUGAUGUGUUCAUUUCAUGAUCGUUCAUAUGCUUGAACGUCUCCAUUCUACAAGUGUCAGUUCAAUAUCAUGAAAAUACUGUUGUGUCUGUAGUUGUAAUUUAAGGAACUUCUCCCCUUUUGUGCAGCCUGUAAGUUCAGUUCACAUUGCAUGUUCGGAGGAUAUUUUAGUUCACAAAACCCACCACUGUGUUCUGGUUUACAUUACUCCAUGCAGCCUGGUGUUAGCAACUGCAUGCUCAUGUAAAUCAAGGAGGCUGGAUAGGAGCAGGGUUAGGAUCUUUGAAGGCAGAAUUUGAAAAACAGAGUUAAUGCUUCUGAUUCCCUUCUUUCAAGUCAGAACUGAGGACAUUGUGAAGUACUUGUUAGUAAGCUUCCCCUCGAAAUGUCAGACUGGAAGGAGUUGGUGUAGUCUUUGUACAGGGUCCUAGGUAUCAGAGAAACAGUCUGUCAAUGACAUUUUAAAAUGCACUUUGUUUUCACAGCUGAUGUAGACUUAUUUUUGCUGGCUUCAAAACCCCCUUAUCGCUUUUAGCUAAAGUGGUUAUCUUCCAUUUAACAUAGAAUCUGAAAUAAUACUCUUUUGUAAAAUAGAACUAUUUAACUCUUCUAAACCUUCAUAAAUUUAUUUUAAAAUGUCAUUUACAGAUUAGGCUAACUGGUUAUAAUCUAUACAAAGACUAUGAAGUAGCACCUAACUUGAACUAUAUAUGCAAACAGUCCUGACGUUGCUUUUUAUAUUAGCAUUUAUCCUAGAACACUGAACAAGAAUAUCCUAAUGAUUACUGGCUCAACUCCAGUCACUGCAACAUAAAAAAUGCUUCCCUAGUGUUUUUCCUUAUAGUGUUAACAUUUUGAAUUCAUGUUUGAGAGACACCAUCAUCACAGAACUUACUCUUAUUUCAUGAAAAUUAAUACCUUCAGAAGAGUGUUUAAGUUGUAGACUGUGAACUUGGAAAUCCUCUUGAGAUAAAAGGCUUCCAAAUAUUCAGUAUUAUAAAUCCAUGGUCACGUGUGCCUGAACUUAGAAGAAUACCAGUCCAUGCAGUGCGCGUUUUCAGGCUGAAAUUCUGGAGGAACCAUGCUCAUCGUUCCUAACAGAAUUGGAGACAGCUAUUAUGAAAGAUCAUGAGCAUGAAUCUUUUCUACUUAGUAAUUUAAUUUGCUAAAAAUUACUCAGCCGAGCAGUUUACACUGGUGUUUAUCAUAUUAACUGAAAUUUGUUUUAUUUUCCUCAAAAUGAUUGACUUUAAAAGCUCAUUGCUGAAGAAAAAUGUUUGCUCUGUGGAAAAAUCUGUCACUGCCAGGAUUCUUUCAUUUCUGUACUGUUUUGUAUAAUUGAACUUGUUAACUUCUCUCACACCAGCAAGUGUUUUACAGGUGCCUUGGAUUAAAACAAAAUUGAUUUUUAAAUGUUAGUGUAAGUUGAGCUUAUGAUGCCACUUUUAAAAAGAAAUGCAAUUACAUAAUGGCUGACACCCUUAUUUAAUGUGCCUAUUUGUGUUCUAAAUGUUUGGAUGUUUUAAGCCGCUGGAAACUUUCUUGUGAAACCACAAAUAAUAAACAAUUUUUUGUUACUUACUGAGGGGAUAUCAGUGUCUCUCACAGUGUGGUCCAUGGGCCUUCCGGGUCCUGAAGUGCUUGUUAAGUGUGCAGAUCCUAGGACUCCAUUCCAAACCACCUGAACCAAAACUCAGGAGUCAGCUUCCGAAUCAGUUUUCAACAGGCACCUCAGGUGAUUCUGAGUACACUGUUUGAGAACCACUAAGAAGAGUGGGGAAAAAAUAAGUGCUGUUUUGUUGGCUUAAAGCUGAGCUGAGAG